ACAUCAUUUCCCACAAGGCAUUGCGCUCUCGUUAAGGAAAUGUUUAAGGAAGUGAUCUCCCCAUGAAUUGAAGCCGUUUAACUCGUUAAAGCAGUUUUUACUGACAACAUGUGAGUGUUUGUGUUUCCAGAUGUGAGGUGUUCGUAAACGAGGCUUCAUGCUGAGGACAGACGGAAGAUCAGACCUGACUGACAGACAUGAGCUCACUGAGACACGACGACAGCAUGAUGCAGCAGCUGCAGCAGGUCACUCCCAGCUGUUCCUCCCCCUCCGUACUCCUCCCCCUGACUCACCUCAGAGCUGCUCGAUGCGGAAGUGAGAGCGCACAGAAACAAGAAGUGAGAGGGAAUAAAUAUCUCUUCAGGAUGAGGUCCAUCGUCAGCUUCUACAUAUGCUACAUGCUGUGCUUGUGCCUGGGCUUGGCAUGUGUAGUGUGUGUCUGUGUGUGGAACGCUCAUUGGCGCCAUGGGUUUGCCUGGAACGGUUCAACACUGGAGUUCAACUGGCACCCUGUCCUGAUGGUGACGGGUCUGAUUGUGCUGUAUGGAAAUGGAGCAGUGUUGUACCGAGUCCCACUGACCUGGGGUCAGAACAAGCUCCCCUGGAAGCUGCUGCACGCUGUUCUGAUGCUUCUUGCUUUGGUCCUUUCAAUCAUCGGGCUCUGCGCUGUGUUUGACUUCCACAAUGCCAAUAAGACCCCCAACCUCUACUCCUUACACAGCUGGAUCGGGAUCGCAGCUUCUGCUCUUUUUGCCUUACAGUGGGUCAUGGGUAUGGCUGGCUUCCUCCUGCCCUGCUCCCCCACGUGGCUCCGUAAGCUCCUGAAACCCAUCCAUGUGUGGAUGGGAGGCAGCAUACUGAUCCUCAGCAUCGCUGCCUGCAUCUCAGGAAUCAAUGAAAAGCUCUUCUUUGUCCUCACCAAACCUCAGCCGUAUUCCAAGCUUCCAGCUGAGGCCUUGUUAGGGAACUCAUUAGGAGUGCUGAUUGUGGCCUUUGGCUUGGUUGUGCUGAAGAUUUUGUCCAACCAUGAAUGGAAGCGACCAGACUCUGUACCAGACGGCGUUGAUUACACGCCCGUCCUUCAGGAAGAAUGUGAAUGAAGACACUUCAUAAAGUGCUGAGUAUCAAAUCUGUCCGUGCACAAUGACAGACGACAUUUAAUUUAAACAUAUAAAAACAAACAGAAGAGGCCUCAGAGUGUGAGAGUUAUCUGAAUGUUCACUGAGCUUUAUGCAAUAAAAUAUGUUGAUGCCAACAACAUGAAGACCAGCA